AUGGAACCUUGGCGACUGCAGGCUGUUGCUACGCUCGAAAUCAGUGAAGAGGGCCGACCCCGUCCCAUGUCUAAGUUCGUCAUGGAUAAUCGAGACAGCAUCUUUAGGUUGCUCUCAUUUGAUGAAUGCGCAGCCAUUGCUCUGUAUGUCAAGAAACACAGAUUCGAUACGCUACGCCUUGAAGGCGAAGACUCUCCUCUACAGGACGAACGUGAUGUGGUGAUCAAAGCGCUGGCCACGCGUGCUGUUGAGCGAUUCAGCAAUGAUGCGAUGUUGAAGGGCUUAUACAAAAUGACAUCUCCGCUGCAACCGAUGCAUCGAUGUCGUGUCCUGCUCGAAGCGGCACUACACUAUGCAAAGUAUCUCCAUAGCGAAAAAGAAAAGAAAGAAUGGCAGAAACUUUGCAGCAAACAGCUGGCUACGUUGCAACCAACCGAUGCGACCACCAGCGCUGAAUCGCGCAAGAGGAGACCUGAAGAAGAUCUCGCCGCUCAUAAGCGGUCGAAGAAAAGACGAGGAGAAAUUGCACAACCCUUAGCUGCAAAAAUGGCGGAUAUCCAGGCGAUCCCUAAUUUCAUCGGCACAUUUCUCUUCGUCGGACUCACGAGAUCCAACGUACGGCAAAAGGAUGUUCUUGCUGCGAUGACUGCAGCGUUCGAGAUGCAUUUUGCUUCACAAGAGUUCCAAGACUUCACCCUGCUGUUAACCGUCGACAAGAGCAUCGGCGAAAUUCUGCGAGAGCCGCUUUCGGGGUCACUCGAUAAGUUGGAGAUUUAUUUGGGCCGGUGGCUUAUUGACGCUGUGAGGGCUGCUAGAGAUGGCGACAACCGGUAUCUCUACCCACACGACAACAAUGAAGACAUGAUACUUGAACUAGGAUUAGGCUUUCAACAUGGAAGAGAGAUGGCUCAUGUAGUUUUUCCAAUGCGGUAG